AUGAAUAACCCCAUCCAGAAGCAGUAUAAAGGAGAACGCCGCCAGAAGGAGGAGAAAGGGGGGGCGUCAACAGCUCUCAAGACACUGCAUGCAACACAAAACAGCAGCAGCAGCAGCAGCAGCAGCAGCAGCAGCAGCAAUACGGCGCAGCAGCAGACUCUAGCUGCGCCCGCAGCGCGACGACGGAAGACAGCCUUGACGAGGGCCCCCUCGCACGGCAGCACGGGGGCAACACAGCAGCAGCAGCAGCAGCAGCAGCAACAGCAGCAGCAGCAGCAGCAGCAGCAGACUGUUGCUGCGAGGACGAGAGGAAGAAUUCGGUUGCGUCGCCGGGAAUUGAACCCCCCACCUCGUUUGGAUGGAGCUGCGGUGUCUGUACACCCCACUGCAGCAGCAGCAGCAACAGCAGCAGCAGCAGGAGCAGCAGCAGCAUCUGCUGCUGCUGCUGCUGCAGAUGAUGCAGCAGCACCAUCAACUGCUGCUGUACAACGCCCAGCAGCAAGAAGUGUUAGUGCUGCUAGAGCUCACCCUAAAGCAGGGGCACGACACGCUGCUGCUGCUGCUGCUCCUGCUGCUGAAUUGAACCCCCCACCUCGUUUGGAUGGAGCUGCGGUGUCUGUACACCCCACUGCAGCAGCAGCAGCAGCAGCAAGAGGUGAUGGCCGCAGCAGCAGCAGAGAAGAGAAGCAAACAACAGAAACAGCAGCAGCAACAGGAAAAAGACGAAUCGAGGGGGGGGCUGCUGCUGCUGCAUGCAGCAGAAUAAGACAGCGGCGUUUGCAAUAA